AUGUCCAGGCUCGAGGUGGAUAAGGUUUUGUUUGCUUACAUUGUUGUGGCUUCCCAUGCAGUAAGCCUGGUGCUUGUACGGGUUGAUAGUGGUGUACAGAGGCCAGUUUAUUAUGUAAGCAAGUCACUACAUGAGACUGAGGUCCGCUACCUACCAAUGGAGAAGACUAUUUUGGCAGUGGUGCAUGCUACGCCAUACCACAAGGGAUCUGGAGUGAGGUUAGUUCUGAUAUCUCCCAAGAGGAUCAUAAUUGAGAAAUUCUUGAGAUUGGGAUUCUCGGCCACAAAUAAUGAGGCUGAGUAUGAAGUUCUAUUGGUAGGGAUGAACAUGGUUCAGAAAAUGGGUGGAAAAGCAGUGGAGAUAUUCUCUGAUUCAAGGCUGGUUGUGGGCCAAGUUCAGGGAGAGUUGGAAGCCAGAGAUCUUAAAAUGCAGGAAUAUUUGAACCAAGCAACCUCAUCGGCACAAAGUUUACCUCAGGUAAUCCUUGUGGAAGACUUGUGUAAACCUACUAAGGUAGGGGGAGAUGGGGUUCAUAUUCAUCAAAUAAGGGUAGGUCCUAGCUGGAUGGACUCUAUUAUGCUAUUCCUUAAGGAAAAUGUCUUGCUCGAGAGUAAGUCUGAGGCUGACAAGAGGGAAGUACAAGAGUAUGUGAAGAAGUGCGAUCAAUUCCAAAAAUUUACUCCAAACAUUCAUCAACCUGGAGGAGUCCUUAAUCCCCUGUCCAGUUCUUGGCCUUUUGCUCAAUGGGGUUUGGAUAUUGUAAGGCCUUUUCCUAAGGCAGUAGGGAAUAAGAGAUGGUUGCUGGUCGGCACAGAUUAUUUCAUCAAAUGGGUCGAAGCUGAACCACUAGCAAAUAUCAGAGAUAUGGAUGCCAAGAGAUUUAUUUGGAAAAAUAUUGUCACUCGGUUUGGAAUCCCUCGUACACUCAUCUCGGACAAUGGUCUUCAAUUUGAUAGCAAAACCUUCAGGAGAUAUUGUUGUGACCUGGGCAUAACAAAUAAAUAUUCCACCCCCGCAUAUCCACAGGAGAAUGGACAGGCCAAGGUUGUUAAUAAGGUCAUAGUGAGUGGGCUGAAAAAGAGGUUGGAUGACGCAAAUGGAAAGUGGAUGGAAGAGUUGCCACACGUCCUUUGGACAUAUCGGACUACACCUCAAAGGUCCACUGGGGAGACCCUUUUUUCGAUGACUUAUGGGGCUGAGACUGUAAUUCCUCUAAAAAUAAGAUUUCCAAUGCUGAGAACAAGCUCUUUUACUCCGAGCAAUAAUGAUGGGCUAUUGGAGAAGAGUUUAGAUUUGAUUGAAGAGCGAAGAGAAAAUGUUAUAGUUCAGCUGGCAUACUACCAACACAAGCUCAAGUAA